AUGCCUACUUUUUCAAUCACCAACUUAGCGACUACACUGAAUGGAUCGGAGACGCCUAGCAUGGACCCCUCACUGAUCACGAGAGCGAAUGGUUCGGAUGUCUCAUUCGGAUCGGAGGAACCAUCCGAGAUAUGGCGCGAGCUCUCGCGUUAUCGAAAGACAUUCGCCCUUGUGGUUCAUUUCCUUGCAGAUCCUUUAAAACCAAUCACAUUACUGGAUGAACUUUCAUACGGUGAUAUGGGAUCCGAACAGAAGUAA